CUCUAAAUGUGUUUACUACUCUUUUUUUUUCUCUGGAGAGAAAACUUGACAUUGUCACGUCCAGUACUCUGCUAAACUUUAACUAUGGCAAUGACAGCUCAGUCAGUAUUUAUAUUCCCUAGAGAGCAUUAAACCGAUCGUUUUUCAAUAGACCUGGUCCCACUUAUCUUAUAAUGAGGUUACUGCUGCAUAAUGUUGCCUAAACAGCGAGUGUUAAUGUUUGAACAGGGCACGCUUAUUAACAUUGAACUACAGUAUGGGACACACUUGACAUGCUUUUCUCCCACUGCUGCUGUAAAUUUUUAUGACUGUUGAAGCAUUUAUACCUAAGGGAAUAAAUCAGGGUAAUUCUCUCCAAUUAUGAAUAUUUAUGUACAACUAGAUUCUCAAAUAACUCAUCUGGAGUCUUCACUAAACAUUGUAAAUUAAAGAUUAUCCAAACAGGCUGAAAACAGCAAGUCCAAAUUUACAGUGUUUUCCAAAUUCAAACAUCUGGUUAAAGAUUUAGAGUUGUAGUUCUUUUCUAAAUCACUUCAGCCAAUAAAAACACUAUUAGCUGGCUGUGUUAUCUCUGUACAGUUCAGAUUUCGGUAAUUGAUGUUUCAGUGUUUUUCCCCUCACACUGACUGAAACACUUUGCAUUUACUCUUGUCAAGGAGACUACUCUGCUGCUAUGUUAAAGUUAUAGUGCGCAUAUUUUUCAUCGUUUUUUAGUCCUACUCUAACUUUUGCCAGCAGCUUCAGUUUUAUCUUGAAUUAUUCAUAAAUGUUUAUCUGUGUGUUGAUUGAAAUAGAAAUGACAGUUCACCCAGGAGGAGUUGGAAAAUGAAGGUCCUCGAUCUAUGCAGCUGCUGACAUACAGAUGUAGAACUAAUGUGAUGUGUUUACAUGGCUCCCAGUCUUCAAGAGGGUAUCCUGCCCUUGCACUCAAAUGCAUUUAGAAAAGAGACAUCCCUGGGCAACACCUUAUACAUCUCAUCUAUCAAAUGUAAGGCUGGAGUCAUAAUUUAAUUUACUUCUGUAUGAGUUAAAGCACAGUACUUUCACUGAUAGUAAACACUGUAGGGAUCAUGUGGCUGGCUGUUCAGUUAACCACAUAAAAGUGUGUAAUUGACACUAUAUCCUCUUGAUGUCGCUCUCUCCCUCCUCCUCUUCCUCCCUUCUCCUCUUCCUCCUCUGGUCCCUGCAGCCUCCUGCUGUCUCUCUCCAUCUCCUUGAAAACCCAAUCAGCUGAAGUCAUCAAGCUCCGUUUGGCCAUAAUGUGAUGUUUAUGGGAAGGAUAUGGGCUGGAGUAAAAAGCUAAAUUUAUUGUAUCACUUUUUUUUUUUUUUUUUUUGUGAGGUGUGGCCUCUCAAACAAUGGGGGUGACGUAAUGUGAGUUAUUUUAUAAACCAUUCAUUCAUCAUUGAAAAUACAGGCCCUUAAUGAAUGUACUGGCACUAAUGGUACUGUGAAUAGUGUCAAUAUAUCAAUAAAGCAGUUAGGAAUAAGAUGAUUAAGUUUUGCUAAUGGACAAAGCACUAGAAUGAUUUACAUCUAUUAAACUAGAUUUGUUUGGAUUUCUUUGCCAAAGUGCAGCGUCGCUCAAAUCGUGUCAGAGCGAAUCUGCAUGUUUCUUCGGUCCUGCCAUGCAAAAUCUGGACUGCAGCAACGCCUCACGACUUCUCUUUUUUUUCCCACAAUGCUGUGCGGUAGGGGUUGUCGUGUGUGCGCUGUCUGUGGUGCUGAAGCUGCGCGUGCCUCGGAGGUUGGUCGCUACCAUCCAAAUCCACCAGAGCAUCCUUCCGCGAGAGGACCACAGCGAGGACUGUGUUUAUUCGACGGUCGGCACAUUCAGGAUGUUUGUUCCAGAUACACAAGGUUUAUCCGCCUCUGUGUAACCGCACAUAUCCUUUAAACUGAUCCACGUCUGUUCGGUAAGCACAAGCCUCAGCGGGACGCGCUCGUGUAGCCGUGUUCGUGGCUGUUUAGUGAGGCUCGUCGUCUCUCCGGUGCCGCCGCCUGCCAGCCGCUCCAUCCCGCAUCCUUUAUGCACAGCACGCUGCUCAGGUCCUCCCCAACAAAACACACCUUCGUGUCCGAGCACCAUGGCCCGCUCCAGCCGCUUUUACUGAGAGACAUGGAAGCGAAACAGCACCAGAUAAAGAGCCUGAAGAGCUACCCGGAGACCGGCGGCCGGAGCCUGGCAGCGGCCGCCGGAGGGGACGGAGGAGGCGGCGGCGGAGGUGGAGGUGGAGGGUAUCGAGUCGGAUCGGCUGAAAUGGAAAUGGAGGCGAAGAUCCAGAAAGCCAUCGACUUCAAAGUGGAGGGUCACCGAUGCUACAAGGAGAAGAAAUUCCGGGAAGCGAUAGGCAAGUACCACCGGGCGCUGUUGCAGCUCAAAGGGGUGCACGUUGUGGACGGGACGACGGGAUCCGAGGUCAACCUGCUGAACCAAGCCGCGGCCAAGCUGACCGAGGAGCAGCGGACGGCCGUGGAGAGCACCGAGAUCGAGUGCUACGACAGCCUGACAGCGUGCCUGUUGCAGUCAGAGCUGGUAAACUAUGAGAGAGUCAAGGAGUACUGUCUGAAGGUGCUGAGCCACCAGAGAGACCACUUCAAGGCCAUGUAUCGUGCCGGGAUCGCCUUCUAUCACCUGGGUGACUACGAAUGUGCCCUACGUUACCUGCGUGACGCCAAGAACCGUGAACCCACAGACACCAACGUGCUGCGGUACAUCCAGCUGACAGAGAUGAAGAUGAGCAAAAGUGGACAGCGGGAACGAGAGAGCGGCAAAGAAACCCAGGGCUAACCCCUGACCUUUUCACCCUCUUUAAUCCUUGACCUUCGACCCCUGUGAGCAGUCCUACUCCGACCCUCCCUCUCUCCACCUCCUUUCCUCCUAGACUGACCCCUGAUGACAGCGCAGCCCACAGACUGAAGAGACGACCAAUCACCUGUCAGCGGUGGACAAAAAAACGGGAGACAAAUCAAAUGCUGUCUGUUUCCCCCUCUUUUUCACCCUCCUCUUCUCCCCUUUUCUCCCUCAGGUGCUGUGGUUCCUCUUCCCUAGAUGCAGACAGUCAAACAAACAUUAAAAAAACAUCAAAAAACAAGGAAAUGCUGUAUUAUACUCAUAUGAAACAGUCUUUGUGGUGGAAUGAAAAAGGAGAUUCAAAUCAUACAUAUGAAUAAUGGACAUUUGCGUGAUUUAAUGUUUUGAAAACAUAAAAUGCAUUUUGUUUCUGCUCUCUUGCUCUCUCUUUUUCUCUGUUCCACUCUGCCUUUUCUCCACAUCUGUACUGAACUCAAGGAGAUGAGUGAGGUUGGGGUGUCCAGCCACACCAGGAGGAGGGUGGGGGUGUGUGGAGGUAGUUCAGAGCAUUAGCAGGGUUUGGUGAGGGGUCUGUGUGACACAUAUCAAGACCAUAGCCCAGUUUGAUUGUCCAUCAUACCUGCUAUCCCGUCACAACAGGGCUGACUCAGGCCCAGGCUAUGGGACAGACUAGUACCACAAGUCUUUCUUUAUUUUGACUUAAAGUAGGGAAAAAACCUGCCUUUCUGCUUCAUCUAAUGCUUUUCUCUCUUUUAAUUCUUGGAUGCCAUGUCUCAGUUUCUGGACUGUUUUUUCAAUUCAAGGGCUAAUUCAAGUGUUUGUAAUCCGUUUACUGGGGUUUUUAAUUUGCUCUCGAUGUUUAUCACACUCAGUAGUAAUCAAUAGUAAAUGGCAUCCGUGUGUGCAGCUUUUUUUGUCCUAAGGAACAAAACAAACAAACAAAAAUACUCCAGCAGUUCUGCUGUUAUCAGGUGUGCUAUUGUGGAAACCGGCGUGUCUUGAAUCUGUUGUUCAAAGCCCCUGCUGGGUCAUGUGUUAUCGUUGUUAUUGCGACUGUCGAAGCCCCUCCCUAUCAUUGCUUCCCUUUGUUUUCCUGUUAAUGAUGUCACAAUGGAAAAUAGCCAAUAGGAAUUGGAGUACCAUCAACCGCGGUUUGGCUAGAUGGAGACACUCUUUAAAGUUUCAAAGCAAGCUGGAAACUCCACAGCCACAAACACAUUAACAUUUCUAUUCAGAAAUCCAACCUUAUAUCACUAAUGCCGAAGCUUCCCAGACGUCCAUAACAAACUGAGGGGACUCUGGGCAGUGUCAGUGCAGGGAAAACAAACACACACUUCUGUCCUGACAGUCUAGACCGCCGUCUUGGACCACGCAGCUUUAGUGCACUUCAGUGAGUGUGCCAUUUGAGAUUUCUUCAUUUUAUUGUCUGUUGAUAAACCUGUUACUAAAAAGAGCUGUAAGGGCAGAUAACACACAACAUUAGAACUGGAGAACACUAUUGAUGAUAUGGUUUGUGGUUAUCCAUGGCUAGCUUUCAACAGAUACAUAAAUAAUUUGCCUCUUUUUCUCUUGUGACUUGUGAAGCCUAAUCACUGAUGAUGCUUUUACUAUAGCUUUACUGCAGGCUGAAAUCUGCCUGCCCUGUUCUAUAGAAGGUUGGAUUGACAAUUUGUGAAGCAUGACCUGAAUUCCCUUGUCUCUAAUGCCAUGAAACCCAGUUUCCUGUUUCCUGUGUGCAAGCCCACCUCCUGCAUGUAACGUGCGGCUCUGGAGCGUUAUUUCAGACGUAUGGCAUAGGGGUUAUAUCUGCUCUGUUGCUUUCUGUCAUGGCAUGCUGCCACUAAACUGUUCUCUCAUACCUCUAUUUUAUCCAUUCCGCCCUUUAGAAACACAGAAGGUGGUGACAGACUGUGAUCACAGCAGUAGAAUAGGUAUCAAAUAAGAAACAUAUCUGGGAAAAAAAAUUAGGGUCACCUUCUGCCUCAGCCAAGGUGAGAGAUAAGAGGUGAAAUCCAAUUCCACUGCUUAAGAAAUUCACAGAGUGGAAGGGGAAAUCAAAUAAAGAUGUUUUAAAAGAUUUCCCUCCCCAUUUUCCAGUGACCUGCUAGGAGGUAAAUAGAGUCCUAAGUGUGUCAAUGGGACUCUGGAGAGACGGCAUCAUGCGUAGAAGAGACCAGCAUGAUACAGAGAGGCUCCAGUGGAGGCAGAAGUAGGCCAACGUCAGCGCCAGUAACGCAGCUGCAGCUCCGAGUCACUCUGGCAGCCGAGACACAGGGUUAUCGAAAAGUCUAUCACAAUACGUUACAUGGCCAAAACUAUGUGGACACCUGAGCUUUACACCCGUAAGUGACUGUAUUUCGUGUCAAAACCAUAGCAGAUCUGAUCCUAAUCGGACAUAAAGAGCAUCAGUGAGAUCUGGUACUGAUGUUAGUGAAAAGCUCUGGCUUGGAGACAUCUUUAUGUUCACCUUAAUGGUUUUGGAUGUUUGAGGUCAGGACUAAUUCUCUUUUUCACUACUAACCCCAAAAAUUGUCUUCAUGGACUAGACAGCACUGUUUUAUCUAACAUCAGGACACACCAAAAGUAUCACAAUGAUUUAUAUUUUUUCUUUUAUUGUAUAGUUUAAUAAAUUGUGGAUCAAUUUGGCUGGUCUUUUUUAAAUAUAA